AUGAAAACCCCGAUAUAUCGCGGUAGUAGGUCUACCGCAGCUCAGCAAGCGGCUCGAUCGCUGCCACGGUUCGAACAGCCAGACCCACGACCUCAGCAGGAGAAGGACGACAGACUACUGUAUUUGAGGGCGCAGUUUGCAUACGAACUAGAAGAUACCUUCAUCGAGAACAUCGUCGCAAGCAACCUUCCAGUGUACCAUCGACUCCAGCUUCUCCUGGGCAUCCGCGCCGAUCGAGGAUAUUGCGCUCUACUCAAGCGUGUCGACUGCAACAUAACAAGCAACGACCAGCUGAUAUUUGCCAUCUCUUCCUUUGUCCCAGAGCUUGAUGAGGCAUAUCGCCGCAAUGACUACGACUUCAGAGCUGAGGCCAUCGAGAAGUACCUCCGCCACCAGCACGAGUCCAACAUUGGAUGCCUACUACGGAAGCUGUUCACGGGCGAGUUGGACAGAGGCAGGACAUCACCAACACAGCAGAUUGUCGUGCCCAGCACUUGCGCAGGAUGUUUGAGGCAGGUCUCGAUCUCUUUCUCGCAAGGCCCAAUGCACAUCUGCGAGCACUGCCUACCAUUGUGGCUCGAGACAUCAGAGCGAUAUAUGAGCCAGGCGCAAGUCGACGAACUCUGGGUCGGCUUCCCUCCAGGACACAUCUACAGCCGCCACGAGGUCGGUACCAGCUUCACGGCUAGCGAAAUGCCGGUCUUCUACCACACCGAGACGAUCCGGAUGCUGGCACCCCACGUACACGGAGGGCUGAGUCUGGCUGCUCUACAAGCAGGGCAGCUGAACCGCGGACAACUCGCCAUGAACUACAUUCGGGCCAUACUUACACACCCGGUGCCCCUCUCGCAGCAGCAAGCAACAAGUGUUCGCAAAGGCCUUGCCAAGAUAUACCGCGACUCUCAAGCACUUGAUAUCCUCGAGACUGCUUCGAUCUCCACCGACCAUCUCGAGCGGGCACAUUUGUCGCGCCUCCAGCGACACAUGUCUCUUUAUAUGCUGCAUUAA